AAACAAGGCAACUUAAAAACACAAAAGACAGAGAUCUCAAAAACAAAGAAAAAAAAAAGACAGGGAGAGAUGGGUUUGGUUACAGAUGAAGUGAGAGCUAGGGCAGAGAAAUACACAGGAGACGAGUUAUGCCGCGAGAAGACCAAGGAGUUCCUCAAGGAAGUAGACAUGCCUAAUGGGUUAUUGCCAUUGAAGGACAUAGAAGAGGUUGGAUACGACAGAGAAACAGGAGUUGUGUGGCUGAAGCAGAAGAAGAGCAUCACUCACAAGUUUGAAUCUAUCGGGAAACUUGUCUCUUACGGCACUGAGGUCACUGCCGUGGUGGAAGUCGGAAAGAUCAAGAAGCUUACCGGUGUUAAGGCCAAGGAGCUUCUGAUUUGGGUCACUCUCAACGAGCUUGUCUUGGAGCAGCCAACAAGUUCAGGGAAGAUCAAUUUCAGGACACCGACCGGAUUGUCCAGGACUUUCCCUGUUUCAGCUUUUGUGGUUCCUGAGGUUGAGAAGCCUGCACCUGUUAAAGAAGCUAUUGCAAUUUAAAGAUGCUUACUUACUCAAGUCUCUCUCUUUUUAAUUAUCUGAAUUAUGUAUUACUUUCUACAUGUUAUGCUUAAUUCUCUACUUUAAUAAGAUAUUUUUCAGUCUAAACCGACA